ACAAGUAAGAACGUUUCAAAACUUAAAAAAGUGAACUGUGUGCCAAAUAAAAUCAGCAAAUAGUUAAAAUCUCAAGCCGCGCAAGUGCUGCCUGCAAAUUUCGAAAACAGCUGUUUGCAAAUUUCUAAAUCAGAGAACUGCAGCAUGAUCGGCGAUAGACCUGCUAUAUUUCGUGCCGACUAUAACGAGGAGCACGAUAUGCUUGUGGAUGAGGCAGAGGAGCAUGAGGGAUAUAUGUCGGAUAGCAGCGAUUUGACCAAUUGGACUUCGAGCACUUCGAGCUCCGUUGACGAGGUGCAGCUUGUGUUAGAAGCAAGCGAAGAAGCUACCUAUGAACCGAUGCUGGAGCAGUCCUAUAUGCUGGCGGACAAUUUGCUGGAGACAGAGCGCAUACCCGACUCCCCAGAGUCGCCUGCUGAGUCUGAAGAAGAAGCAGCAGCAGCAGCAGCCGCCGCCGCUUACGAUGAGUUUGAUUCCGAUGUUGAUGUGGGCGAUACUGAGGCUACGUUUGCACCACAGCCAGAUAUCUAUGGCAUUAACGAACAUUUUAUACCCGAUAAUGUUGAAAUAUUCGCUGGCGUCAUUGGCUCGUAUCGCCCCAUGCCGCCCUCCGAGCGCCUGCGCAACGAAAUGCGCCAAUAUUUGCUCAACUUGCCGCUGGAUUUUGUUGUGGAUGCGCGCGAUCUGCUCGCCUAUUUGAUCUCACUGCUGACCUAUGUGAUGCCACCGCCAAUGCGAGAGUUGUCCAAAAUGUUGCGCGUUCUGGCCAUGGUCAAUGAAUUUCUCAUUGAUGUAUAUAGCGCCGCCGACUGAACAACAAAAGCUGUGCUGCUCAACAAUUUUUUUUCAACA